CGAUAACAUUGAAAAGCGCUCUGGCCUGUAACAAUGCAUAAAAGAAAUCCACGAUGACUGUCAGCUGAUGAAAUGCCCCACACACGGUGCUGCUACUGCUCCGUCAAACUCUGCCCACUAUCUACAAAAUGACACCAGCUCUUCAUCAUCAUCAUCAUCACCAUCAUCACCAUCAUCACCAUCCUCAUCAUCGCAUCAGUACCUUACAUCUAUGAAACAGGGCUUUGGUGCUGGUCCAGUUUGAUCAGCUGCAUCAGAGUCAUAGUCUAGCAGUGUCAGUGUGUGGUUGCAGACAGAGGUCGCAUCUUUUAACCACUGAUGAGACCAGCGUCCUCUAAACAUCCUUCCAGAGCGAGAGCUGGAUGGUUGAAGUGUGAGUCUGCUUUGGGCUGAAGGAUGCUGCCUGGUUCGGUCUCUGCCGUGUUUUUCCUGUUGCUACGGCCGUAAAACGAAACAGAUGUUUUCCUCUUCGUGUGUAGCAGCUAAUUGGCUUUUGCAGCGCGCUGCCCUCACCGUGACAUUUGCUCUGUCUUAGUUCAGCGAGCCAGGAUUUACUCCACUUCCAUCUCUGCCCCCUCUGCCUGGGCGAGAGGAAAUCGUCGCUGACCUUUGACCCGUGCGUUUCGAUUCUGCGGCUCGAUCGCAUCCAACUAAGUCGAAACAGGGAUCCGUGCACAGUUUAUUUCAUCCAUGAUUAUGCAGCCGGUGUUUUGGUGAAAUAGCAAACUUUGCUCGCCAUUUGUUUACUGUGCGUCAGAUUGAAUUUACGUAGUAAUGUCUGAGUAAAAAGAAGAGUCACACGCCGGCGAGGUGGCAAACGGCAAAGCCUCGCAUUUGAAAACAAGGCAGCUCCUCGGAAAAUGAGUCACAGUGAUGAACAAAGGAAGUGCAGCGCUGCGUGUUGACUGAGAAUGUCCUAGUUGGACGGAGAGCGUAUACCGCUCAUGCUGCAGCUUAUUGUAUUGUACAGGAGCUGUGUUACACAUAGCUGAACUAAUCAAUUUUAAUCCCUCUGAAAUGCUGUAAGGAUUCUUACUGCAGUGGUUCUGAGCCGUGGUGCAGGUCAGGCCUCGGUUCUGGGAGAAAGGAACUCUGAAUUAAGGAUGAAUAAUAAUUAUGCAACGUUCUACACUCUUCUCUGUCCCUUCCACUCAUCACGCACCUCUAUCACCCACAGCCGACUACUUCACACAUCUGGACAUCUCUUAUUGGCCAGAUGUGCCAAUGAAAUCAUCAGCCGUCUUUUGUUUCUACUCUUGUCGUUGCCACCUUUGCUGGUCCUGUACAGCCCUACUUACACCAUCAUCCAGCUUUGUGCGCUGCCUUUGAGUGUGUCGCACGGUUCACCUUAUUCUAAACAUACUGUGAUUCGGCUUUUACUCCUGCUUUUACUGCACCUAUUAAAAGACAAAUGUAAUCAGAUAAACUGAGCCGAACACUGUCCGCUGUAUAAAAGCAGUGUGAGACGGUGGAGAACACUGGCUAUGCAGCAUGAACUGAGCAUUUAUACUGUACAACAGUGUUAGAGAACACUCACUAUAUAAAUACCUACAUUAUACAGUCGCCAGGACCAAAAGUAGUUAUUAAUCUGGAUAAAAACAGUGUCUAACAUAGAAACUACAGGUCAGUUCAAUUACUGGCCUCUUUGUUCCUUCACUUCCUGCUGACGCCUCUUGUGCGGCUCUUGCCAGUUGCAAUCUAGAAACAAUACUCAGCGGCUGCUGUAGCAAUCCAUAGAACCAGUUGCAGCCUGAUUAGUAAACAAACCCCUUGGAACACGUGCCCUAAUGCAAGAAACCUCUGUGCUUCCUGACUGUUUACACAAAAGGAUUAGAGCCACUAAUUCCCAGGCCAACGGCAGGUCCCUCACGUAGGCCACAGACACCUCCACGUUACGGGAUGUGGCUGGAGGGAGAAGGGGCAUUGUCUGGCUCGCUGAGAGGGAUCGACUCCACGGAUCAGCUGCAUGACCGGAAGUGUUGUUUCUCCAGAGGGAUCGUUUAGUGAGACAAAGAUGGAGACGGGGCGGCUCCGAGCCCCACAGUUCACACGAAGGAUGCGGUCAGAGACACGAGGCUCCGUUCAUCCAACAGACGCUUUGAGCUGCGUGCUAGUUCAACAUGCUAAUGUCCUAACACUGACUGUGAUUAAACACAAAUGCAAAUAUGUCCUAAGAUCUGCUUUCCUUAGGAUCUCUGGAAUCGGUUAAUUAGAUACGGUAGAUCGAUCGCACUGAUGACUCUGCCAGUUCUGCGAGUGGCGACCUGGAGUUUAGACUGGUUUUUCGCCAUCAAAGGCCGGUGGGGGCCAAGGUGUGUGCAUGCAUGGGAGCGAUAGGGACCCGCUGAGCACAAAGGAAAGUGUCUUUGUCCACUCCUAUAUUUCAUGCUUUGUGAAUAAAUGCCAAACCCAAGUCAAAGCACUUUUUGUAUUUCAUUGUAUUUUACAAAAAUCUUGAAUGGGGCACAAAAAUGAGAGCAAUGACAUAAAGCAACAAGACAAAGAAGUAAUGUUUCAAGAACGUCAAGUGUUCGAGAGCAGUCUUGAAGUACAAGCUGUUUCAAUAACCUCAGUACUCGAGUAUUUCCUUUCCCAAGCCUUAUUCAGAUUUAUUAAUGUGUCCUCGGAGUUUAGGAGAAAGGCUCAGACAGAAGUCUUUCUCCCGCGUGUUCGGGGUUAACAAUGUCGCUUGUUCAACACAUUGUACUUCUUGGAAUUAAAUCUUCUAUAAUAAUAUCCAAUCGAAUAGCACUGAUAACGCUUGAUGCAGGAAGCAAGCGUGUCAGAAAGCAUCUUAUCUCUUAGCGCGCAGACGGCACCUCACAUCCUCUUAGGCGACACACGCUGCAGAAACAGCCCGUGACUUAUUCCAACCUCGUGUGUGAGCUCAGCACAUGACAGAGGGGAGGAGACUGCGUUGUCGGGGCCCAGCAGUGAGCCUCCCGCAGCCAAUAAGAGCCUGACUGACCCCACCGCUUAGCACCACAGCGUCCCCGUCGUCCAGCUGUUUGAUCCGGGCGCCGGGUAACUUUAACUUUUCAGCUUCACUUUAGUCACUGGAAGCCGAUGAAGUGGGGCUGCGGAGCCACUGGCGACUCCUGGACUGUCACAGUGGAUACAGACCCACAGAUCACUUCUGGAGCGUCCGUGAGCCGUGUGCGGUGAUUCCUUUUUUCUUUCAUGCAUAUUCAGAGGCGCUCAGUCACAUCCAAUGAUGUCUGCGGCGUGCUAACGUGCCUCCGAGAGCGCCGCUGAUCUGCCGAGCUCCUCUGGUCGCGUUCGAGAGCUCCUGCCAAGAUCCCGACUGCAGAGGGUUCUAAAGCUGAAGAGGAGGAGAGGAGUUUGCUGAGCAAAAAUGGCCCCUGCUGUCGGCGGUCCUCAAGGCUACACACCACCUGAGGGUGGCUGGGGCUGGAUGGUGGUGGCUGGCGCCUUCAUCUCCAUCGGCUUCUCCUACGCCUUCCCCAAGUCCAUCACCGUGUUCUUCAAAGAGAUCGAGGUGAUCUUCAACGUGAGCAGCAGUCAGGUGUCCUGGAUCUCCUCCAUCAUGCUGGCCGUCAUGUAUGGCGGAGGUCCAAUCAGCAGCAUCCUGGUUAAUAAAUAUGGAAGUCGUCCAGUUAUGAUGGCUGGAGGAUGUCUGUCUGGAUGUGGCCUUGUUGCUGCCUCUUUCUGCAAUACUGUUGAAGCAUUGUACUUCUGUAUUGGUGUAGUGGGAGGUUUGGGAUUGGCAUUCAACCUGAACCCGGCCCUCACUAUGAUCGGAAAGUACUUUUACAAGAAGCGACCUAUCGCUAAUGGCAUCGCCAUGGCUGGCAGCCCUGUCUUUCUCUCCACCCUGGCCCCUCUAAACACCUGGUUCUUUGACAAGUUUGGCUGGAGGGGGAGCUUCCUAAUCCUCGGUGGCCUGUUGUUUAAUUGCUGCAUUGCCGGUUCCCUCAUGCGGCCCAUAGGACCAAAACCCAAGCCUGUGGAAAAGACCUCUGAGAGGAGGACGGCAAUGCAGACCAUCAACAGCUUCAUUGACCUCUCCUUAUUCAAGCACCGGGGCUUUUUACUUUACAUUGUGGGCAAUGUUAUCAUGUUUUUUGGCCUUUUUGCACCACUGGUGUUCCUUAGUAACUAUGCGAAAAGCAAAGACAUCCCUAAGGAGAAGGCCGCUUUCCUACUGUCUAUUCUGGCCUUUGUUGACAUGUUCGCCCGACCGUCAAUGGGCAUCGUGGCGAACACCAAAUGGGUUCGGCCCAGAAUACAGUACUUCUUUGCUGCCUCGGUGUUGUACAACGGUGUGUGUCAUGUGCUUGCUCCAAUUUCAGUCGACUACACAGGCUUCAUUAUUUAUGCCAUCUUCUUUGGGUUUGCCUUCGGCUGGCUGAGCUCAGUGCUCUUUGAAACCUUAAUGGACCUGGUGGGAACUUCUCGCUUCUCCAGCGCUGUUGGCCUGGUCACUAUUGUGGAGUGUGGCCCUGUAUUGUUAGGGCCGCCCCUGCUUGGGAAGUUCAAAGACAUCUAUAAUGAUUACAAGUACACGUACCAAGGCUGUGGAAUCCUCCUCAUCGUGUCCAGUGUCUUCCUGUUCGCUGGGAUGGGCCUCAACUAUCAUCUGAUCGACAAAGAGAAGAAAGAGGAGGAGAGACGCAGCAGGGUGGGAGGCAGAGAACAGAGGAGUAACAAAGACAACGCAGCAGAGGCCACAGAGGACACCGUCUAGCACUCUGUAGAGCACCCCCCAGUAUAAUGCUGACGCUUGGGUAAAACACACUUGAUAAACAUUCGUCUGUCUCACUGACACCACAGAAAUCCUAGUCUUACUUAUAUUGCCAUAUAAAAUACUUAUUUGCUUAUUAAAGCCAUUUAAACAAAUGAUAAAUCUACAAACAUACAGUACCUCUAAUAUUCAUAUAAGAACAUGUAUAUGUAUAUUGGUCAUAUUUAGUUUUGCUUAGCUCUUUAUAUUCUAAUAUUUUAACAGGACAGCGUUCUCAAUUUUAGUUAGUGUUACUGUUCAUUUAUUGUGACAUUUUAUUUGGUAUUUUAACCUUAAAUAAUCUAUGAAUAGAUUACCAGGGAACAUAUUCAGUGCCAAGCUUUAUUAUUAUUUCACACAGUAGAAAAGUGUAAUUCUGUAUUUACUUGUUGUAAUAAUGGAAAUGACUUAUUCUGCCAGUUUUUCACAAUUGUGUCAACAAUAUGACAUUAUGGCAAUCUGAUACUUUAUAUAAAAUGUGAAUAUGAAAUGUGGAAAUAAAAAAACUGUCCUUGGACAAAAAGAAAA